GCUUAGCUUGCGUGGUUUUCUGAGCGAUGCUUUCCUUGUCUCCAUUUUGUAACGCAGGCAGAGAAAGGUUAGGUUCGAUCUUAGACUUGAGCAAAGCGUUCUAUUCACAACGCUUUGAAAGGGCUCUUCGAGAGUCACUCGAUAGCAGACCCACAAAAAGAUUAACAGAGUCACCUGAUUGGAAGAUAUUGACCGAUGCUCGAAAACGGGUUGUCGAAGACCAAAUCAGGAAAGGAGUUCUCAAUGAGGUUGCCUUGAAAGACGCUAAAAGAGAAGAGUUCAACAAAAUUGAGCAGCAACUUCGAAAAUUAUGUCGAAAGUUUGAUGAGAAUAUCAUGGAUGCCACAAGGAAAUUCGAAAAAUCGAUUACUGAUAAGACGAAGAUGGAAGGAUUGUCUCCUCGAGAACUUGAUCUGGCUGCACAAACAGCGGUGUCAAAGGGGUAUGAAAAUGCAACGGCGGAAGAUGGACCCUGGGUGAUCACCUUGGAUGAACCAAACUAUCAUUCUUUCAUGGGGAUUGCUCAAAAUAGAGCUUUACGUGACGAAAUCUACCGUGCCUAUGCUACUCGGGCCUCCAGCGGAGAUACUGACAACACUCUAAUCAUUGAUGAAAUCUUGAAGCUUAGAUUGGAAAAAGCUAAGCUUCUAGGUUAUGACAAUUAUGUUGAGGUUAGCAUGGCAACAAAAAUGGCUACCAUUGAUAAAGCGGAAGAGUUUCUGGAAAAGCUUAGGAGUGCUUCAUGGGAUGCUGCAGUUCAAGACAUGGAGGACCUAAAACAAUUCGCCAAGAAUCAAGGGGCAAAAGAAGCUGAUGAUUUGAGCCAUUGGGACAUUGCCUUCUGGACUGGAAGGCUGCUUGCGUCGAAACAGGAAGAACAUUACAUCGCUAUUCGCAAAAAGAAAUUGAGAGAUGAUACGCAUAGAUAUUUCUCGUUGCCAGAAGUGAUGGAGGGCCUUUUCAACCUUGCAAGGACACUUUUUGGAAUUGAGAUUGAGGCUGCUGAUGGACUAGCGCCGGUCUGGAACAAUUAUGUUAGAUUCUACCAUGUGAAAGAUUCUAUCGGAAAUCCAAUUGCAUACUUCUAUUAUGAUCCCUUUUCUCGACCAUCUGAGAAAAGGGGAGGAAGCUGGACAAGUGAGGUUGUUGGUCGAAGCCAUGUGCUGUCUCGAGAUGGUGCAAGUGCAAGAUUACCAAUUGCUAUCAUAGUGUGCAAUCAAACACCAGCUUUGGGGAACAAGCCGGCUCUUAUUACGUUCCAAGAGGUGAAAGUUGUUUUCCAUGAAUUUGGUCAUGCGCUUCAACACAUGCUAACCGAACAGGACAAAGGCCUUGUUUCUGGCUUUAGAGGAAUAGAGGACGAUGCUGGGGAACUCCCCUCGUUCUUUAUGGAGAACUGGUGUUAUCACAGGUAAUCUUGUCUAGUAAUACUCUUAUAGAGCAUUAGGACUAAUUGAUGUGCCAUCAUGGUUGGAUGUGUUUGCACUUCGCAAAUAUCUAAAAUGGUUAUGCAUAUACCGUGGAUUACAACAAAUGAUUGCUUCAUGAAGCAUUAUGCGAUGUUUG